ACUAAUUCUGUGCUUUCCCGAUGACAGGUCAAGAAGCUAUUCAGUCUCUCUAUUAUAACCAAAUAAAAUGGCAUCCAAACGGAUCACACAGGAAACAUUUGAUGAUGUGGUGCAAGAAAACAUCGCAGAAUUUGACAUGGAUCCAGAGGAGGCUGUGCAAGAAGCUGUCCAGCAAUUUGAAUCUCAAGGUGUUGAUCUGAGUACUAUUGUAAAAGCUGCACCGAGAUCUACUUCUGAAAAUGGCCAAGAGCAAAAACAUGACAUUUUGCAGACAUUAGACUCGCUCCGGAAAUCUGUCGUAGACUCUGCACUUGGUGAGGUUGUUGAGCAUCUUGUGCGCUUCAGCGAGCAAUGCAGGGAACAGCUGGCCACCCGCUACUUGGCUGGGCAGAAAGGUGCCUGGCCUGUGGUGUUGUCUGCCUGCAAGCUGGCCUCUGGAGACAAAAAUGCCCUGCUCAAGGCCCUGCAUGCCUUGUCUGCCAUCACAGAUGGGCAGCCAGACCUGCUCGACGCAGCUGGCCAAGAGCUGUUGCUUCACACCAUGAAGGAAAAUGCCAAUGACGCUGAAUUGACUCUACUUGGGAUCCGGUGCAUCCGACACGUCUGUUUGAAACACGAACAGAACCGCCAGGAACUGGUGAAAGGCGGCAUCCUGCCCCUGCUGACGGAUGCCAUUGUCAGGCAUGGCGACUGUGCCGGGGUGGUCCGGGAGGCCUGCUCGGCGCUUAGGGUCAUGACAUUGGAUGACGACAUCCGUGUGCCCUUUGGCCAUGCGCAUGAUCAUGCCAAGAUGAUUGUAUCCGAUCACAACGGUUUAAAGAUCCUCAUAGAGGCUGCCAAAGCAUUCACAGAUGACUCCAGCGUUCUCAGUGAGCUUUGUUCCACCGUCGGCCGCCUGUCUGUCCGGAACGAGUUCUGUCAAGAGAUUGUGGACCUUGGAGGCUUGAAUUUCAUGGUUGCCCUGUUGGCUGACUGCAUCGAUCAACAGGAGCUGGUGAAGCAGGUGCUGAGCGCCAUAUGGGCUAUCGCAGGCAACGACGACGUGAAAGACGCCAUCGUCAACGCUGGAGGAACGGACCUGAUUGUGCUGGCGAUGAGCCACCAUCUUGCCAGCCCUCAGAUCUGCGAGCAGGCCUGUGCCGCCCUGUGUAUGCUGGCCUUGCGCAAGCCAGAGAACUGUAAGGUCAUCAUGGAAGGCGGAGGGGCCCUGACGGCUCUUCAAGCCAUGAAGGUGCAUCCCAAAGAAGUGGCCGUGCAGAAACAGGCCUGCAUGCUGAUCCGGAACCUGGUCUCCCGGAACCAGGACUUCUCUCAGCCUAUCCUGGAGAUGGGAGCUGAGAACUUGAUUGUGGAGGCUCGUGUCGUGCACCGGGAUUGUGACGACAUCGCCAAAGCUGCCUUGAGAGACCUUGGCUGUAAAGUGGAGCUCCGCGAGCUGUGGACAGGCGAAAAGGGAAGCCUGGCUCCCUAGACCACUGCCCCCUAGUGCCUGGGGGCAUCUCUCUGUGUAGCAUCGACAGGCAAAAAUGGGGCUGCAAAUCAGCUGCUCUUAAAGCCAGACCUGAGCAGCAGAAAUGAAUGCCUGGCGGUUGAAGCUAUUGUGGUGGAUUGUAUAACAGGUAGGCAGCUCAGCUGUUGCAGGGAGGGCUCUGUCUGUGUAUACAGGCUGCAGAUAGACCGAACUUAGAAUGAUAAUCUCCUCCUCGCUACAGCCUGAUGCCUGGGAAAUAUCUACUUCCCUCUUCCCCUCCACCCCCAAACACACACAUGCCCAUUGCUGCAUGUUACUAGUUUAUAGUAUGUGCUGUUCCCACGUGUGUCUGUCCAUGUUAUGAUCCAAAGUAGAUCUCUUUCUGCAGCAGCUUGGCAUCUACCCUUUCCGUCCACCUUGUCCUACCUCCCGACCCCUGCUCUGUGACGCUGUUCUAAAUGCUAUUUGGGGGAGAUGCCCCUGACCUAGCCAAUAUCAUAUCCUGUCUUGUUCAGUGCUGUGCUACUGGUGUUCUGUCUCACACUGUUGGCUCUCUCCAGUUCCAUCCGCUGCAGCAUUCUACACAAAUGCAAGGCAUUGGCGGAAAACGUCACGGCCCGGUGUCCUGUUCGUAAUCUGAGCUUCCAGAAAUAAAUACGACAGGUUUCA